AGGAGGAGUUAGCUGUGAUAAAAUCUAACCCUCACCUGGCAUUUGGGAUGUGCGUGAAAGAUACUGAACGAGAUGGAAAGCCAGAGCUGAAGACCAAACAAGUGUAAAAUUGCACAAUUGAUUGCUCUACACUAUCAUCUCACAAUCUCCCACCGAAAAACGCCUGAAAUGCUGUGCUUGCUUAUGGCAUCCACAAGCAUGUAGUUUUGGCUGGCCCCGUUCUUUUUGUGAUCAUCAGAUUGGAUGAAGAUGACAGUGUUCUUUGGACCCUAGCGCGAAACUGAUUGUGGCAUGCAAUGACACAACAGUGUAUACUGCAUUUCUUGACAACGCAGUAGUUGCUGUGCAGAUGUUUUAUUGACACCUAUUUCAAGGCUUUCUGGCUUCAUUGAAUAGCGGCCACAGGUUUACCAGGUCUGAGUGCCCACCACUAUUUUUGCUAAUUUUUCACGCUCCUCUUUGCUUGGUUUUGGUUGUAAAUCCCUUCACAUUGGAUCGGUUAGUCAUUUGGCGGGAUAAGGACAGACAAUUGAUCAGACGCACGACAUGGUAUACAUAGCAAAAUGCUGAGUGUCUACUUGCUGGGGAGGCAUCUUUCAUCGAACGUUCUCUCCUUCCCGGGCCACCUGAUAAGUUCUGAGACGCAAAUUGUUCAGUUCAGAUGAUGACAGCAAACCUCACUAGGCCUAAACCUAAGCCACACCAAGCUAUCACGCAGCAUUUUGCGGCAUUAUGACCUUUCUGGUCAAAGUUAAAGGUUUGCAGCGCAAACCGCAGCAUAUCCACAGUCCAUUGUGCCGCCUUUCUUGCCAUCCCUGAAAAUGGAGGCUCCAGUGCUGGAUGGAACUUGGACACCUGUCCCCAUCGUUGCUGCUCCAGCUCCAGUUAUUAUGGCCACACCAGCUCAGGCAGAGGCCCAAGCUGCAGCUCAAGCAGCAGCUCAAGCAGCAGCUCAAGCAGCGGUGCCCUCCAAGGCACCUGCGCUGACACCCUUGCCAGCCGGGCCAGUAUCUCCGACAAGUGCGAAGGCCUCUGAAACUCAGAAGCUGAAGGCCAACAACAAGAUCAACAAGGAGAAUGCGCACUACAACAAGGACAAAUGCGGCAAAUUCAAGGGAAGGCCAUGGAGUGACUUUCGGGGGAGGUGAGAACAUAUAGGGUGACCGGACCAAUGUUUUUGCAGUGGGGAUAAGUCAUAGAGAAAUUCUAUUCCAGUCAGAGACUCGUCAUUUUGUGGCUGCGGCUGGAAAGGAUGUGUGGAAAGCGGCAUGUCAUCCAAAGACUGCUGGAGGAUCACCCACCGACGUACUGCGGGCGGCUGAAAGUUAGCGUGCAUCCAGGCUUAACCAGAACAAAGAGAACAUUCGAGGGGAUGAGCCUCAGGAGCAGGCCUACUGAGACGAAGCACAGGGAGAACCGGGAACCCGCGGGCUUAGAAGCGCUGAUUUCCAGCAUGAGCCCGGGGCCGACUUUGCAAUGCGGUCGCAUGCAUUGAGACCGUUGGCACCGGGGAUGCAAUCAUGCUGGUCUAGGCAAGCGUUUUUUGGCCUUAGGCUGGGCAUGGAGACAAUUUGUUUCAAG